AUGGAGUCGGUUAAAGAGAUAGGACCAUCAAGUUUUCAACACUUCUUAUCUCAGAGUAUUGCCAGUUGGGAUCCCGAACAUCGACUGAACGAGGUGCCAGCCAGUAGCGACUGUCUCCUCCGAAUAACCAAAGACUUACGUUCCAUUUGCAACGAUCCAGCCCCAGGAAUAUGUGUGGUGCCUGAUAAUGAGGAUAUGACGAUAAUAUACGCAUUGAUCACAGGUCCCUUUGACACACCUUAUGAAGGUGGUUUUUUCUUUUUCCUCAUACGAUGUCCACCCGAAUAUCCACUCCGGCCACCAAAGGUGAAAUUGAUGACUACUGGGAAUGGUACUGUGAGAUUUAAUCCAAACUUUUAUUCGAACGGAAAGGUUUGUCUUAGUGUUCUCGGUACUUGGCAGGGUCCCCAAUGGACACCAGCACAAAGCCUAUCAUCAGUCUUGAUAUCUAUUCAAUCUCUGAUGAAUGACAAACCGUAUUUUAAUGAGCCCGGAUUCAUUACUGAACGUAACCCAGGCGAUGCUCAACAAUACAAUGCAAUAAUUACACACGAAACUAUUCGAUGUGCAGUAUGUGAUGUGUUAGAGCGCCGUACAACAUUUCCUCCGGAUUUAUACGCGGUAGUGGAAUCUAGUUUUGAAGACUACUAUGAAUAUUAUAUAAGCGUUUGUGAACGAAAUAUGCAUUUAUCAGGUCAUCCAAUGGUUGAUCCAUUCGAAGAAGGAAGAGGGAGAUUCGAUUAUGCCAAUCUAUUAAAGCGUUUAAAGGCUUUAAACAGCAAACUGAAACAAAAACACCCUGGAACAGAUGACACCGAUGUGAUAAGUAUGUCAAAACAAAACAAAUAA